CGCGAGCGACAGCUGUCAAAGUUGGCGCGCGUUUACUCACAAAACAAACCGCUGCUUUCGCUCUAAUCUUGUUCCGCAAAACUCUAAAUUUUCAGGAAUAUUCCUGGUAUUAAGUGCAGAAAAUAUCAACCAUUUCAGUGACUUUUCUACUCUACAUCACAGCAAAAUGAAUGAUAGUUUUGGUGCCGGUGGAUUCAACGCUACUGGGGGUGGCGCCGCGCAGGAGAACAAAGCCGAAGGCGUUCUCCCGCUGACCAUCCGCCAGAUCCAGGAAUCGUCCGAGGAUGGCAUGCAGCUGUUUGGCAUCCACUACAGUAUGGUGACCUUUGUGGGGAUCGUCCGGACGGUGGCGCAUUCGUCGACGAAGAUCACCUACCGCCUGGAGGAUCACACCGGUCAGGUGGAUGCGCAUCUGUGGCUCGAGGAGGGCGACACCAGCAGCACACCCGGAGUGGCGGAAAACGCAUACGCCAGGGUUGUGGGCUCGGUACGCCACCAGGGUGGAAGUAAGGCGGUGAUGAUCUUCAAGAUAGACAUGGUCCACUCGCCCAACGAGGUGACGACCCACCUGCUGGAGGUGCUGAAUGCCCGAUACAAGGGCGAGGAGUAUGCCAAAAGUGGCGGAGGUGCUGGAACUAGCGGGGCUGAAUCCGGCGCCAAAGACACGGCUUCCAGCGGAGGUUUCAUGGAAACGGACAACAACACGAUGGGUUUGUCCGGGAAGAAUCUGGUCGUGUACAGGGCGAUCAAGAGCCACAUGUCAGACAUCGGAAUCAGCCGGCAGGAGCUGCAGAAAAAGUUUCCGCAUAUCAGCGCUUCGGAGAUGCAGAGCAUAACCGAUUACAUGACCCAGGAGGGACUCGUCUAUACCAGUGUGGAUUCGGACCACUUCCUAUGCGUUGACGCGUAGGACGCAUGGAGAAACAGGUUUUGUUGGUACAAUAUAAGGUAUUUAUAAGCGUCCGUAAUUAUAGUUUUACAUCCAAUAUGCAUCAUUAUUAUCAGUCUGGCUUGUUAAUGUUCUACAAAAUCAUAUAAUAUUACGGUAUACAGUGAUCAUCGGAACUAAAA